AUGCAAAACAGUCAGUCGAAGGCUGCCGGUUACAUAAUUUUGUCUCUCUCUUUAUUCCUUUUUCAGGCCGAGGAGUCUUGUAAAUGCAAUGGCUGGAAAAACCCCAAUCCCUCUCCUACUCCCCCCAGGGCUGACCUGCAGCAAAUAAUUGUCAGUCUUACUGAAUCCUGUCGGAGUUGUAGCCAUGCGCUAGCUGCUCAUGUUUCCCACCUGGAGAAUGUGUCAGAGGAAGAAAUGAACAGACUCCUGGGAAUAGUGCUGGAUGUGGAAUAUCUUUUUACCUGUGUCCACAAGGAAGAAGAUGCAGAUACCAAACAAGUUUAUUUCUACCUUUUCAAGCUCUUGAGAAAGUCUAUUUUACAAAGAGGAAAACCUGUGGUUGAAGGAUCUUUGGAAAAGAAACCGCCAUUUGAAAAACCUAGUAUCGAACAGGGCGUGAAUAACUUUGUGCAGUAUAAAUUUAGUCACCUCCCAUCAAAAGAAAGGCAAACUAUAGUGGAGCUGGCAAAAAUGUUCCUGAACCGCAUCAACUAUUGGCAUCUGGAGGCACCAUCUCAACGCAGACUUCGAUCUCCUAAUGAAGACAUCUCUGGCUACAAAGAGAACUACACCAGGUGGCUGUGUUAUUGCAAUGUGCCACAGUUCUGUGAUAGUCUACCUCGGUACGAAACCACACAGGUGUUUGGGAGAACCUUGCUUCGCUCAGUCUUCACCCUUAUGAGGCGGCAGCUCCUGGAACAAGCAAGACAGGACAAAGACAAGCUGCCUCUUGAGAAACGAACGCUAAUCCUCACCCAUUUCCCAAAGUUUCUGUCUAUGUUAGAAGAAGAAGUUUAUAGUCAGAACUCUCCCAUCUGGGAUCAGGAUUUUCUCUCCAGCUCCUCCAGAACCAGCCAGCUCGGAAGCCAGACAGUUAUCAAUCCGCCUCCCGUGGCUGGGACAGUUUCCUACAAUCCCAACCCGUCUUCCCUGGAGCAGUUGCAGGGAGGGAGCACCAGUCCUGCCUGCAAAACGUCUUCUGAACUUGAAGUUAACCCAGGAGAAAAGAGGAAACUGAAUGACUGUCAUCCUCUGGAGGAGGCCAAGAAGCCCCGAGUUACGGGGGAUAUUCCAAUGGAACUAAUCCAUGAGGUCAUGUCUACCAUCACAGACCCUGCAGCCAUGCUGGGACCCGAGACCAAUUUUCUCUCGGCACAUUCGGCGAGGGACGAGGCAGCAAGGCUGGAGGAACGCAGAGGCGUGAUCGAAUUUCACGUGGUCGGCAAUUCCUUGAACCAGAAACCCAACAAGAAGAUCCUGAUGUGGCUGGUUGGCCUACAGAACGUGUUCUCCCACCAACUGCCGCGAAUGCCAAAGGAGUACAUCACCCGGCUUGUCUUUGACCCGAAACACAAAACCCUCGCUUUAAUUAAAGAUGGCCGUGUGAUUGGUGGUAUCUGUUUCCGAAUGUUCCCGUCCCAAGGAUUCACAGAGAUCGUUUUCUGUGCGGUCACCUCAAAUGAGCAAGUCAAGGGCUAUGGAACACACUUGAUGAAUCACUUGAAAGAAUAUCAUAUAAAACAUGACAUCCUGAACUUCCUCACAUAUGCAGAUGAAUAUGCAAUUGGGUACUUCAAGAAACAAGGUUUUUCCAAAGAAAUUAAAAUACCUAAAACCAAAUAUGUUGGCUACAUCAAGGAUUAUGAAGGAGCCACUUUAAUGGGAUGUGAGCUAAAUCCACGAAUCCCAUACACAGAAUUUUCGGUCAUUAUUAAGAAGCAGAAGGAGAUCAUCAAAAAGCUGAUAGAAAGAAAACAAGCCCAGAUUCGAAAAGUCUACCCUGGACUUUCAUGUUUUAAGGAUGGAGUUCGACAGAUUCCUAUAGAAAGCAUUCCUGGGAUUAGAGAGACAGGCUGGAAACCGAGUGGAAGAGAAAAAAGUAAAGAGCCCAAAGACCCUGACCAGCUUUACAGCACGCUCAAGAGCAUCCUCCAGCAGGUGAAGAGCCAUCAAAGCGCCUGGCCCUUCAUGGAACCUGUGAAAAGAACGGAAGCUCCGGGAUAUUAUGAAGUUAUAAGGUUCCCCAUGGAUCUGAAAACCAUGAGUGAACGCCUCAAGAACAGGUACUACGUGUCUAAGAAAUUAUUCAUGGCAGACUUACAGCGGGUCUUCACCAAUUGCAAAGAGUACAAUCCCCCAGAGAGUGAAUACUACAAAUGUGCCAAUAUCCUGGAGAAAUUCUUCUUCAGUAAAAUUAAGGAAGCUGGAUUAAUUGACAAGUGAUUCGCCGCCUCAUCCCCCCGCAACCCCGCUUCUUAGAAGCUCAUCAAGCAGUGUGCCUAAAGCAAGGGUGGUGGAGGUUGACAAGAUUUGGAUAUAAGGAAGUGACGUCAGUGUAAUAAUUAGCACUUUUGAAAAACAAACAAACCUCCUCUUAGAUUUCCAGAUAUGUAUUUAAAUCGAAGUCAUCGAACAUUUUUUAUUUUAUGGAAUAGAUUUUCAUCUAUUUACUACUAUUAACGUAACAUUUCUAUGGCAUGUCCAUUACCAGAAUAUUCAAUAGUAGUGCAUCAGGGGUUUCCUCAAAGCCUGUGUCUGAGGAAGUUGCACAUAGUUCCAAGCUUUGGGGGAAUCCAGAAACAUUUUCAGACCAGGAAUGUUUUCUUUUUUUCUAAUGGAGUGUGAGAGUUUAUUUGUAUUGUUUCCUGAAGAAUUUUAAGGAAGGAGAUACAUGGUAAAAAAGAAACCCGUAAAAGGUGAAUGAAGUAAGUGGUGGUUGAAGUCUCGUUGUAGACAUAUAUAUAUAUGUCUACAUAUAUAUAUAUAUGUUUUAUAUGAAUAUAAAACAAAAACAAAAACACUCAGCUAGAUGAGGUGCUUUGAGCAGUUCUGAAAAAUGCAGUUCUGAAAAAGCAACUGCUUUGAUUCCUGAGAAAGGAAUUCUAAAUAAUGAAAACUUUUUUGUAAGCAUCUGGUUUUUAAAAUACUUCUAUCUACCUAAAAGAAACUUCUGAGCACAUAACCACUACGUUAGUAAUUAUUUUCUCGGCACAAAUAUGUGAUGUCAUUCUUGACUUUGCUUAUGCAGGUCAUAAGUUCCAAAAGGUAAUUUCCAGGGUCAUGAACGCUUGAAACACUUGACAUUGAAUCCACCUGCUUUAAUGCCAGUAGGUAGAGAUACCUGUGAGCUGUAGAUAUAAAAUGGGGUGAAUCCUUGUACUCAUUAAUAAAGAGCCCUCCGCCCCUUUCUGGGAUGCAUCCAACCCCAAGGACAAUAUAUGUAUGCAUAGUUCCCCAUGGCAGCUUCCGUUUUUACUCAUUGUCGGAGGUAACUUAAAUGCCCAGCCAGGUUUACUCUCCGUAUUUUCACACCAAUAUUGGUAGAGACACCCAGAGUCUGUCCCUUUAAAAUCCACCAUACAGCCUCUAUUACCCUACUUUGGGAGUACAGUUUAGGGCUGGUUUAUUUUCUAAUCACACUACGUAGAAAAGUGGGACUCUUGUCAUCUCAACUCGGGGAAAAAAAAACAACACGUAAAGAAACAGAAAUGAAGGCCAUCUUGCUGGUCUUGACACUAAUUUUUAUGAUGCAAAUUUAUAAGCAGAUUUUUGUAAAAGACUAGCUUUUCAAAGUGUAUUUAACUUGAUGUUUUAUAUCAGCCUAAAUACAUUUAAAUGAUUAUUAAUAGUCACUAUAAACAAUUGCCAGAAAGAAUGUGUGAGGAGCAGGGGUUGGGGGCUGGGCAACAACUUGCUGUUAAGUUGAAAGCGUGGUUUUUGCUAUGAAAGGGAUAUUCCAAAUGCUCAACCAGGGAAGAAAAGAAAAAGACUCAACUUUUUAAAAUAGAACAAGUCACCUUGAGUGGCAUCUAGAUUUCUAAUGAAGAGUUAUGAUACAGUUUGGAUUCAGUAUCUUGGCCUGGUAUCUGCCAAAGCAUCUGUCCAGCUUUGUAUCCUGUGAAAGUUUGUUAUUUUCUGGGUAGACAUUCUUAUAGAGUUAUUGUCUUUAAAAUCAGAUGGUCACUUCUAUAUUGAAAGCAUUUUUAUGUUUUCUAAUUUAAAAAUUAAUAUUUUCUUAUAGAUAUUGUGCAAUAAAGCUGAAGUAGGAUGUGUGGUUUUUGCAAAUGCUUUAACAGCUGAUAAAAUUUUACAUUUGUAAAAUUAAUAUAUUGUACUGGUACAAAAUAGUUUUAAAUUAUAUUUUACAAAGCUCCCAA